AUGUUUGGAUCCACAAGCAAACAGAUAACAAAACUGACAGAUAAAGCCAAGGUGGCCCUCAAGGGUUCCAGCAGGAAAUGGAAGAAUGAUGUGAGUAGUAUGACCAGUACUAGUGAGCCCAAGAAGGCAAAACCCAACCAAAUCAGCAGAAGCUCUAAAGAUAGAGACACCAAACCACUAUCACCAUCUCCAUCUGCAGAAGAUGUCCCUACUAAGCCCACACAAUCCUGCAAAAGUGUCGUCCAAAUGGAGGAAGAGGAGGCUGCCAUCGAGAUCAGCAACACUGACCAGAGCAGCAAUGAUGGUGUUAACAACGCCAACAAUGACAAUGAAGAUGAGCUGUCCAAUACUGAUAAAGAUGAGAGCCCUAAGGAUGAGCUAAAGAGGUUAAUGAAAGAUUGGAUCUCACCGGUGUAUGCUUUUUUCAAUCCCAAGCCACACAUUGUCACCAUUGAAGGAUGGCAUGCACAUGAGUUUAAGUGCCUCAGGAAAGGCUGCAAGGCAACUGUUCGUCAAUACCUCAACAAAAAGGAUGUGCAAAGUACCAGGAAUAUGUGA